UAAAGAGGGAGAGAGAUAUGGAGGAGAACAAGGCAACAUUAGUGGAGAGAGAACUAGACAACAAAAUGCAUGAAUUUUCCUCAACGGUGUCGUAUAGCCCAAGCUUCAGCUGCUACGCUUCCGGUGACUUCAGCUGCUACGCUUCCGGUGACUUCGCAGCCGCCGCCGUUAAAGUUUCCCGCGAGAGCCAGAUGAUGAUGAGCUACAAUAUCGCAGAUCAUCAUCAAUCCGCUAAAGCUGACUCCGUCGAAGACGCUGACUUCGAGUUUGAAACGUCGCCGUUGCAUGAAGACACCUUCGUCCACUUCCCGCCCUUCAAGAAAGACGUCGUUUUCGUCGUUAACAAGAAAGAAGAUGAUGACUUCGAAGAAGCCGCCGCCGCUGAGAAUAUAUCGGAGAGUUACUCCGGGAGUUGUCUGUGGAGUCCGCUCAGAUCUCCGGCGGCUGGUUCGAAGCUCCAAAAGCUUACAGCAAAUGUGGAAAUAUUUGAUCUUAACUUGUUAACAGAAACUGCUAAGAAUUAG